CCUUGAGCCCGGGAGGUGGGCUGGGGAUCCCUCACACAACUGUGACCCCAAAGGUGGGCUGUGUGACCCCGGAGGUGGGCCAUGGGUCCCUCACACAGCCCUGACCCCAGAGGUGGGCCUGUGGGCCAGCGGUCUGUGCCUUGCUCAUACUUUGUCCUCCCUUCCCCAGCAACUGUUCAAGAAGGUUGUGCCCCACCACUGCCUGGGCUGCGUCUGGUCACGCCGGGACAGGAAGGGCAACAAGCACUUGGCACCCACGAUCCGAGCCACCAUCUGUCAGUUCAACGCCCUCACCAGGUGUGUGGUCAGCACCGUGCUGGGUGGCAGGGAGCUCAAGAGCCAGCAGAGGGCCAAGGCCAUCGACAAGUGGAUCGGGGUCGCUCAUGAAUGUCGCAUCCUCAAGAACUUCUCCUCCCUGCGGGCCAUCGUGUCGGCUCUGCAAUCCAACUCCAUCUACCGGCUGAAAAAGACGUGGGCUACAGUCCCCAAGGACCGUGUGCUGAUGCUUGAGGAGCUGGCGGACAUCUUCUCGGACCAUAACAACCACCUGACCAGCCGGGAGCUGCUGAUGAAGGAGGGAACCUCCAAGUUUGCCAACCUGGACAGCAGCGUCAAGGAAAACCAGAAGCGAAGCCAGCGGCGCCUGCGGCUCCAAAAGGACAUGGGCAUGAUGCAGGGGACUGUCCCCUAUCUGGGCACCUUUCUGACUGACCUCACCAUGCUGGACACAGCCCUGCAGGACUACAUCGAGGGCGGCCUGAUCAACUUCGAGAAGAGGAGAAGGGAGUUUGAAGUGAUCGCCCAGAUCAAGCUGCUGCAGUCUGCCUGCAACAGCUACGGCAUGAGCCCAGACCCCAGCUUCAUCCGCUGGUUCCAGGGGCAGCGGCUGCUCACAGAGGAGGAGAGCUAUGCGCUCUCCUGUGAGGUUGAAGCAGCCCCCGAGGCCAGCGCCACCUCGCCCAAGCCACGGAAGAGCAUGGUGAAGAGGCUGAGUCUGCUCUUUCUGGGGCUGGAUGUCGCCCCUGGAAGCUCUCCCACCAAGGAGCAGCUCAAGUCGGCAGCCAGCGGCAGCUCCGGAGAGAGCAUGGACUCCAGCAGCGUGUCCUCAUGCGAGUCGAACCCCUCAGAGGCUGAGGAGGGCCCCCUCACUCCCGUCGGCACGCCUGGUGAGCCUCAGAAGCUGUCCCAGUCAUCUUCAUGUUCCUCUGUCCACUUCAUGGACACCAACUCCUCAGGGAUCUCUCCUUCAGCCAACCCCCUGUCCUCGCCUACGUCCUCCAGCAGCAACCCUCGAGCCCACCAGCGCUCCGUCUCGGCCACGUCCAUGACCUGCACGGGGCUGCCACCUGUUUACAACCAGCAGCAGGAGGACAGCUGUAUCAUUCGUGUCAGCGUGGAGGAUGGCAAUGGCAACAUGUACAAGAGCAUCAUGCUGACGAGCCAGGAUAAGACACCCACAGUGAUCGAGAGAGCCAUGCUGAAGCACAACCUGGGCUCGGAGCCGGCCGAGGACUAUGAGCUCGUGCAGCUUAUCUCCGAGGACAGAGAGCUCGUGAUCCCUGACUCUGCCAACGUCUUCUACGCCAUGAACACCCAAGUGAACUUCGACUUCAUGCUGCGCAAGAAGAACACCGUGGAUGAGCAGGUGCCACCGCGCAGCCGGCCCAGCCUCACGCUGCCCAGGACAGCCAAGCGGGGCUGCUGGGGCAGCAGACACAGCAAGGUCACCCUGUGAGGCCCGUGGCGGACAUGUCCACAUGAGGCCCACGACGAGUGUCAUAGGAGACCAGGACCCCAAGCAUCGCUCUGGAGCCCGUGUGGACAUGGGCCAGGUGAACAACUGUGUGUGUACAUGCACUGGGCCACUGCAUGACAGGGACGGACCAAGGCCCCAGCCGAAGGCCCCUCAGGACUCCUGUGAGUGCAGGGUGCUGGGCUGGGGGACACCAGGCCCGGCUUUGGGGGCAGGGGGACUUUGUUGAUCAAGCACUGCAGUUAAGACCCCCUGUGGAGACCCUUGCCCCAAAGGACCUGUUCACACCUCAUGCUGCUGCCCUGCCAGGAC